CACCACCCAAGAAGAAACAGGGUUUCACUUCAAAUACUACUACUUGUAUAGUCUGCAAAGUUUCUUCCUUCAUCAGCUGACUACCACCAAACAUAAUAUAAACUAGUUCCUUUCUUCAGUUACAAAACAACCCAAAAAAGAAAACUGCUGCUUUGUUUUCACUCCUCUUACGGAAAUCACUAUUGCUCCCUUCCCUCCCCCCCUUUCACCAUUAAAGCUUUAUAAAGCUUUAUAAACCUACCCAUUUGAGCUAAUAAGGACAACCCAUCAAGAAGAUAUCCAAACGCCUCGCUCCAGAUCAUAAUCUACACAACAUGUCUUCUGCAAAACUCGACAACCGAGAAUUACAAAGACAGAUUGGCUGUAUGAAUGGCAUCUUUCACCUCUUCGACCGCCACAACUCAUUCACUGCCCGGACACGGCGUAGCACCAGCCACAGAAGGUUACCACCGCCCACACCUCACACUCAAUGCAAGGGAGAUGAUGAUAAAGAAGAGUUGGCGAAACAGAGGAAUCAUCGAAGAACAACCUCAAAUGAAUCACCCAGAACUUCUUUUUCUUCUUCCCUUAGCUCAUCUACCUUCUCUUCAAUGGAUAACAACAAAACGGUUGACUUACGAGAUGUGGUCAAGGAUUCAAUCUACAAAGAGACGGUUUCAGGAUUGUCUGUCAAGACAACCAGAGGCGCAAAUCAUACCAUAAAGUAUGUUGAUUCGCCAAGACCACCAUUACCCUAUAGACAGAACGAAACAGAGACGACAUUGCGGUCCAAAUAUGCUCCUCGCUUUUCCUACGACGGAAGGGAAUCAAGGGAUUCAUGGACAUCCACCAUGAAACUCAAAGAGCUACCUCGACUGUCGUUAGAUAGUAGACAAUCAACGAAACAUGUUCAAAAUGAAGGUAUUCAUCGUCGAUCCUCUAGCGUUGUAGCGAAACUUAUGGGUUUGGAAGGACUUCCAGAUUCAGUUUCUUCAGAUAUCAACUGCUACAGGCAAGAUGAGAAUCUUGACACGACACCCAGGUUAUUGAGAAGCAAAUACAACCAAGAAUCCAUACCAGCAAGUACUUCUCUGCCUGCAUUGUCGCCUCAUUUGACCUCAAGAGAACCAGCUCUACGAAAACCAGCCUCGCCUACUUCAAUUUAUGGAGAAAUUGAGAAGCGGUUGACUGACCUCGAGUUCAAAAGUUCUGGGAAGGAUCUAAGAGCUCUUAAGCAGAUUCUUGAAGCAAUGGAGAAGACCAGGGAGCGAUUAGAAGUCAAAAACGAAGAUAAAGCUGCAAAUUUGGAGCAUCAAAACAUAAAAGAUUGUACAAAUUAUGGCAACCCAGAUCAAAACAGCAGAUCAGAGCACAAUUCAUACCCAGCAUCUCCAACUUCGAAACGGAAUGGAUCAUCAUCAUCAUCAAUUGUGAUUAUGAAAUCAGCCAAAUUUUCUGAGAGAAGAACUUCAGCUUCCUCUGCUGCAAUGCCAAUUAACAAGCUUAAGAACAGUGAUGCUGCUGCUGGUGUAAGGAGUAGAAAGAGUAGUAAUAUUUCAGUUGACAAAAUUCAGGGUCCUAGAGAAAAUCAUCUUAGACAACAACAAUCCCAUCAAAAUGGAAAUAAGACAAAAACCAAAGCAAUGCAUUCUUUGAAACUACCUCCUCAACCACUCCCUGUAAGCCCAAGAUUGUUGCAGCAGAAGAAACAUCAUAACAAUCAGCCAAAUGACCAGAGUUCCUCUCCAGGUAGAAAAAUCAAGUUGAAAUCUUCUAUCCCCAAGAAAUGUGACAAAAAGGGUGCAACAAAAACAACUCAACAAGGCGAUACAGCCUCUGUGCAAUCAGAUAGCAUUGAUUCAGAAGUUCAAAGCACCGGGCACUCGGAGGAGAUCAAUUGCCUAUACCCGCAGGAUAUACCAGAGAAGUUGAGAAAAGAUGCAGCAACAGGAGAAUUCAGAAGCACUAUAGAACAACCAAGUCCUAUCUCAGUUCUUGAUGCUACAUUCUACAGAGAAGGUUCGCCCUCUCCUGUGAGGAAGAUAUCAAAUGCUUUUACAGAUGAUGAAACUCAGAAUUCUGAAGAGACUGAAUGGAGCACGACAGUAGAGUUAGAUCAUUUGCUCAACAACACAGAUACUGAUGCCCAACCCAUGUUCAAUCAAGAAAAACUAGAAAGUAUCAACCAGUUGGUUCUCAAGCUAAAAGAACUCAACUCCACAAACGAAGAAACCGAUGAGGCAUCAUAUAGUCCACAUAACUCCGAAGACCAAAACCCAGAUCACAGUUACAUAACCCAGAUAAUUUUAGCAUCUGGUCUACUCUUCAAAGAUCUAAGUGCAUACAGCUCAACCCUGAUACAGCUUAAACCACCAUUGCUAAACCCAAGCCUGUUUCUUGUGCUUGAACAAACCAAAGGGAGUAUUGAUGAAUCAAACAUUGCUGACAAGAUUCAUAGAAAGCUGAUAUUCGAUGUUGUCAAUGAGAUCCUUGUGCAGAAGAUAAACGACUCGGGGUUUUACAGGUCAUGCAUAAGUGUAGAGAAACUGGGACAAAAAAAGCUUGUGAAAGAAUUGUGUUCUGAAGUGGAUCUUCUUCUGGGUAAGGCAGAUUGCAACUUACAAGAUGAAGACGAUGAAGAGAAGGAGGAUUAUUUGAUAAGCAUGUUGAAUGAGGAGAUGAUGCAUAAGUCAGGAAACUGGAUUGAUUACAGAUCAGAAUUGCCUGCAUUAGCUUUGGAUAUUGAACGUCUCAUCUUUAAAGACCUAAUCACUGAAGUUGUUCAAGGUAGUAGGGAUAACAAGCACUACUGCAAAUUACUCAAGAACAUUUCACAAUAGUUUAUUUAUAUAUAUUUUAAGGGCCUAACUCAUGUAUAAGAACAUUGCAGAUUACUAUAUAUACCAAUAAUUUUAUAAUUUGGUUUCUAUCAAU